AUGUCGUCAUCGGGAGGCAGCGGCUACGGUCAAAGGCCAUCGCGUCUGGCCCGCGUCAACCUGGGUGCUGACGACGAUGUGGAUGAGCUCGACUACUCGGAACAGGCUGGGCCUAGCAACCCUUCCCGACACAUGGCCAUAAGCAGUCGAGCCUACCCGUCAACAUCUCGAUCAGACCCUCGCAGCACUCAUCGCUCUCCUUCGUAUCACGAUCUCGACCGCUCCUCUUCAUACACAACAGCUUCUCGACUUGACCCAGAUGCUCGCCGCUCGGCACAUCACUCUCGUCCAUCACCGUCUAGACCUCCGCCACAUCCACGCAGUAGAACACCGUCGCCGCAACCAGACAAGGAUGUGCUCGACUACAUCCGUGCACAGAAGGAGCAGUCCAGCUCUACAUCUAAGCACGAGCUGGCGCUGGCAGAGCAGCUAAAGAAGGAGAGGUUCGAACACGGUGCUGGCAAGGUCAAGUCACGCGUGCAAAAGGAGAGAGAGGCAGAGGAGAGGAAGAGGAAGCAAGCGCAAGAGGACGCUGCCAAGGCGUACGAAGAAUUCGUAGCUGCUAUGGGAGGAGAGUCCGAACAGGCUGUAAGCGAGAACAGAGAGCGUCAAGAGAGGAAGCCGAUGGGCUUCGUCGCCGCAGGAGGCAAGGCGUAUGUCGCUUCCAGAUCGGCGCAACCUGCAUCUGCCGCUCUCGACACCAGCCCAUCGCAAGCCGCCAGUGCAAGCAAGGAGUCGCUCAAACGAGUCAAUUCUGCCUUUGGCGACGACUCGAGCGGUGACGAAGCACCCUCCUCCACAGGCAAAGAACCUCCUCCGGCACGUAAACGACACCAGGCCAUGUCCUCCUUCCUGACCGAACUGCAAACCGAACAGGCCGAACGCGAAUCGCGUCUCUCCAACCUCGCCUCGUCCACCAAUACCUCGAUCUCCACCUUGCUCGCGCACGAAACCCUCGCCAAGCCAGGCUCGCGCGACCUCGCCUCGGACCCGCUGACCACCAACAUCUGCAUCCUCUCGCUGCCGCCGCACAUCGACGAGCGCAGCAUGGGCGAGUUCUUCCGUGCAUGGGGCGAUGUGGCUACCGUCAAGAUCAUGUGGCCGCGCGGGGAACAGCGCGAGAGGGUUGUGGGGUUGACAGGAUUUGUGUCGUACAUGACGCGGAGUGAGGCCGAAUACGCUUUCAAGCAGGCAGAUGGGGUCAUGUGGGGUGGAAUACGCGUGAAGCUGAGCUGGGGCAAAGCGAUGCCUCUGCCUGCUCGUGCUAUGUAUCCGAUGUCGAGGGAUCGUCAGGUUGAUAAGCAGGCCGACGAUGGCAGGCAGGCGAGCGAUCGACUUGGCGGCAGUGGCGGCAGCAGCGCUGUACCCAAACUGAUCAUUCGCCACCGCAAGGACGGCACAAGCACAGACGACAAGAAGCAGCACAUCCGAAGCAGAGUGCACGAUGACUACCCACAGACGCAACGGCUGUUUAUCGAGACAGUCGCAUCGCGCAUUCGAAGCAACGGGCCGCACUUUGAACACGUCCUGCGCGAGCGCGAGGCGGACAACCCCAAAUUCUCCUUUCUCUUCGAGCCAGAGUCGGUGCUGCACCACUACUUUCGCAUGUGCCUCGACCCGCACUACCUGCCCACUUUACUUCAUCUCGACGCCGAGACCGACUUCAAUGAUGCUGGUAGUGACGAGCUGUACUCCACCGAUUCUGGCGAGGAGUCGGAAACGCAGUACAUUGCGCGCUCCACCCCCUCGACGGGCGGCGCCUCUGCCGCGGUGCCGCUGGGAGGCCUCGCCCGUCGUAGGCUCUGCUCCAUGCUGCGUGGGCUCACGCUGCGCAGAGAACGCAUUGCACGAAUCACGGCAUUCGCGCUCGACCACGCCGCCAGCUAUGCGUCGAUCGUCCAGCUGCUCACCACCUCGCUGCUGCAGCCCGCGACGCCGGUGCCGCGCAAGCUGGCGAGGCUCUAUGCGCUCAGCGACAUCCUGCACAACUCGGGCACGCCCAUCUCGAAUGCGUGGCGGUACAGGGCGGCGUUGGAGGCGCAGCUGCCGCUCGUGUUUGCGCAUCUGGGCCAGGUGGCGGCCAGUUUUGCAGGCAGGAUGAAGCGCGAAGAGUUCAAGGGUCGUGUGGGCGCAGUAUUAGAUGUGUGGGAGGGGUGGAUCGUUGUUAGUCCGCAUGUGUUGGAGAGGUUGCGCCGGCUUCUUGAGUGUCCGCCUGCGGCAGCGGUCAGGGGGAAGGUGCACGUGGAGGAAGAUGUGGACGGCGAGGUUCUGAAUCCGAUUUCAGCUCAAUCGGUGCAAGAGGUGGCCCCCUCGACUAAAGACAACGAAGAAGAGGAAGAAGAUCUGGAUGGCGAAGCACUCUAG